UGCGUGAGUAUUUUUCUCAUAAAUUUCAUAUUUGCAAUUUUCUUUUCUUAAGUUUUCUUGAUUCUGCAGAACCCCAACUAAAGAGAAGCAAAAUUUACUGUUUGUUUUGUGUAUUUCUUGUUAUGAUGAGUAUGAAUCUGCACUCUUGGCAACUAGCCCAUAGUCAUCAACCUCACGCAAAUUACUACCUUUCAAGAAACAUGAGCGAUGGUCACAAUUCUGCUUUUAUUGCUCAUGAGGAUCCUUCUCUGUUUGUCACAGAUGGUGAAUACAUUGAUGGUGUCUUUGUCACUGAUGUUACUGCUCUGUUUCACACAAAUCGUCAUCUUUCGCAACCCCACAAUCAUCGGCCAAGAAAUACUAUUGGUAAUCAAUUGGCUCCGCAUAACAACUGGGAUCCAUAUAGUUAUUAUCAAUUCAUUGAUCAUGCCUAUGUCGAAACAGAUGAUGUGAACCAAUUAAUAGUCGCAAUGCAAAACCUUGAUCGCAACUUCGGUAGUCGUCUCAGCGGACAGCCAUUUGAUUAUAGAGCGUUGCUUGAUCUACCUGGCCAUGACGACACAGAAGUAGUAAGCCACCAAGAAGAGAAUAUUAUCAUGCUGAAAACAAGAACUCAUUGUGCUGAGGUUGAAGUUGAUUCAGAAGAGAUAUGUGCCAUAUGCCUAUGUGAAUAUGUAAGUAAUGAGACAAUUGGUACACUCGAAUGUGGACACGAAUAUCACGCGACUUGCAUAGAGCAAUGGCUGCUGAGGGGCAAGAAAAAUUGUCCAAUUUGUAGAUCUUCAGUUUUCCCAUCACAGCAACACAUUCAAUCUUAACUUUGUCUUUAAUUAAGUUGUCAAGUCUUAGCUAGCUAGAGAUUGUUUUUAUUAGUUAUUGGUUGGCCCUUUUAAUUUGAACAAAUUGGUAGGCAAUUUUGCUAUGUAUAUGUUGGGAGAUUCAUGAAUCUGAUAUUCAAUUUACCUGCUGUAACA